GCCUCCUCAGCAGUUUAUCGGACAUGCCGACGUCACGACAUAUUAGCCUAUUGACAACAUGAAACAAGGCAUUGCAUGUGCCGACCUUUUUUCAGUGAAUAUGCCUUUGUGAGAGAACUCUGGCUCGUCACCCUCGGCCGGGAUUCCCCGCAAUAUUUUCAACAAGAGACGAGAGAGAGAGAGAGAGAGAGAGAGAGCAAGAAAGAAAAAAUCAGCAAAAAUGGACAAAGAAAGUAUUGGUGCUCAGUAUGAGGCUGUGGCCGAGAUUGGAGAAGGCGCUUACGGGAAAGUGUACAAGGCGAGAGAUUUGAAGAACGGGGGACGCUUUGUAGCCCUGAAAAGAGUUCGUGUCCAGACGGAGGAAGAGGGGAUGCCUCUCUCCACCAUCCGGGAGGUGGCGGUACUGAGGCAGCUUGAAGCCUUUGAGCACCCCAAUGUUGUCAGAUUGUUUGAUGUGUGUACGGUCUCUCGGACUGACCGUGAAACCAAACUCACUCUGGUCUUUGAGCAUGUGGAUCAAGACCUAACCACGUACCUGGAGAAGGCCCCUGAUCCUGGAGUACCGCCAGAAACCAUCAAGGAUAUGAUGUACCAGCUGCUCCAGGGGUUGGACUUCCUGCACUCCCACCGCGUGGUUCACCGUGACCUGAAGCCCCAGAACAUCCUGGUCACCAGUGGAGGACAGAUCAAACUGGCCGACUUCGGCUUAGCCCGCAUCUACAGCUUCCAGAUGGCGCUCACCUCCGUGGUGGUGACGCUGUGGUACCGAGCCCCAGAAGUGCUGCUCCAGUCCAGUUACGCCACACCGGUGGACCUGUGGAGUGUUGGCUGCAUCUUUGCUGAGAUGUUUAGGAGAAGACCUCUGUUUCGAGGAAACUCAGAUGUUGAUCAACUGGGAAAAAUUUUUGAUGUUGUUGGGGUACCUUCAGCAGAGGACUGGCCCCAGGAGGUGGCCCUACCACAGAGUGCCUUCACCCCGCGGCCCCCUAAGCCGAUAGAAGACUUGGUUCCAGAUAUGGACGAGCAAGGACGGGCCCUCUUAUUGCUAUUCCUUGCAUUCAACCCCUCCAGGAGGAUAUCUGCCUUCGCUGCGCUGAGCCACCCCUAUUUUCAAAGUGUGGACAGCCUCAGUAGAAGCGUGUACGCGGCCCAACCUAUCCCCAGCAACAAGCCCACUAUGGAGGAGAGGACUGCCUGACUGUCCUCCUUCACCCUCAAUCAUCCUGUACACUGUCUAUAAAAAGUACUCAUCUAUGUUUUUGUUUAAUUGUUGUCACAGCAUUAAAUCAAAGUGCAUUAAGCUUUUUAAACUUUGUUGAUA